AUGGCUGGAGUGUUGCUUGGUGAUACCUCUCAUCAUGGAACUUCUCAAGGUGUUUCUCAAAGAUACUCUCAAGAGAGGUCAGAGGAUGGCUCGAGGUGGUACUUUUCUAGGAAGGAAAUUGAAGAAUACUCACCAUCCAAACAGGAUGGCAUAGAUUUGAAGAAAGAAACUUACCUACGCAAAUCAUACUGUACAUUUCUGCAAGACUUAGGCAUGAGGCUUAAAGUACCUCAAGUAACUAUUGCAACUGCAAUAAUAUUUUGUCAUAGAUUCUUUCUCCGGCAGUCCCAUGCAAAGAAUGACAGGAGGACCAUUGCAACAGUAUGCAUGUUUCUUGCUGGGAAGGUUGAAGAAACUCCUCGCCCACUAAAAGAUGUAAUUCUUAUUUCAUAUGAAAUUAUUCACAAGAAGGAUCCAGGGGCAAUUAUGAAAAUAAAGCAGAAGGAAGUGUAUGAACAGCAUAAAGAAUUAAUUUUACUUGGAGAGAGGGUUGUUCUUGGAACUCUUGGUUUUGAUCUCAAUGUGCAUCAUCCUUAUAAACCUCUUGUUGAGGCCAUAAAGAAAUUCAAAGUUGCUCAAAAUGCCCUUGCUCAAGUUGCGUGGAACUUUGUAAAUGAUGGACUUCGGACAUCACUUUGCUUGCAAUUUAAGCCGCAUCACAUUGCAGCUGGAGCCAUAUUCCUUGCUGCCAAGUUUCUAAAGGUGAAACUCCCGUCAGAUGGGGAGAAGGUCUGGUGGCAAGAGUUUGAUGUCACUCCCCGCCAAUUGGAGGAAGUGAGCAAUCAAAUGUUGGAGCUAUAUGAACAAAAUCGAAUGCCACCUUCAACUGAAGUUGAAGGAGGUGGUGGGACUUCUAAUCGAGCCACUGCAAAAGCUCCAGCUACUAAUGAUGAAACUUCCGCUGCAAAGAGUAAUCCCCAUACUGGAGCCACUAGACUCGAGACAUCAAAGCCUGUGUCUUCUAUGUUUGAUUCAUCAGUCUCAAAUCAUGUUGGACGCCCCAUCUCAAAUCACGGUAGAAUUGGUGAUUAUGGGAGCACAGAAGUGAAACACAGGGUGGAAGGUGAUGCCAAGGGCAAUCAACAUCCUGAGUGGGAAGCAAUACCAUUUAAGGACAACUUACAUGAAACUCAAGACAUGGUUAAAUUUCGAUCUGAUAAUGGUGAAAAAGAGCUAGAAAACAAUGCUGGAGGGACUGAAACGAAAGAACCUACUGAUUUGAAAGAUAAACAUGGUACGAGAAACCUAGAUCAUAGAGAGGAUGCAUUUAGCCGGCCUCCUCAGGAAGCCAUUAAGAAAAUUGAUAGGGACAAGGUAAAGGCUGCAUUAGAAAAACGAAGGAAAGCAGCUGGUCAUAUGACUAAGAAAACAGAUGUCAUGGAUGAUGAUGAUCUCAUUGAAAGGGAACUGGAGGAUGGGAUUGAACUGGCUCCUCAGAGUGAGAAGAAUAAGGAUAAGAGGCAAAGCUGGUCUAAGCCCUCUGACAGGUCAGAUUAUGAGAACAUGCAUGGAAGACAUCAAGAUUAUGCAGAUGAGCAACAUCAUGGAGUAAAGGGUAUGUCUUCAUAUGAACCUGAUCUAAGUGCUGUUGAAGAAGGGGAGGUAUCAGCUCUUGAUGACAUCGGCCUUCCAUCACCCAAGUCAAGCAAUCGCAAGAGAAAAGCAAUAAGCUCCCCUGACAGAGGGAUGGAGGGGAAGCAACGGCAUAAUUAUGGCCCUGGACCUCACCACAAUAACCGGUAUGACUAUGUGGAGGAUCGAAACAAGGUCAGUCGACUAGGCCAUACUGAUAGGGACGGCAAAAGGCAUGUACAAGAAAACCAUGUUUGA